UGGGAAAACUCCCUCGAAGUGACAAACAUGUGAUAAAAAUCAACGAUAGCGAUAAUUCCCCCGUUUCCCUGUAACCCGUUCUUUCGUUUCACGACGACUAGCAAAGAGCUGUCGGAAAGUUUAUUUUAAGAGGCACUUGACAAUAGGUACCAUCCAUUUUGUUUAUGCACCUCCGGCACGUUUCGUUCCAAAAACAUCCGCGUCUCGCUCGCAUUCUCUCGUUUUUUAAACGUUCCUCGUAAAAUCAUGGAAUUCACGUGCGAUAGAUUUGACCCGUUUCGAAGAACGAUUACGAUGUCUUCUGUGCAAAAAAUAAAGUAAAAAUGGUUAGCAAUGUCUCGCGGGGUACACCCCGCAUUCAGGUCUUCAGACCUACGUACGAGGAGUUUAAGGAUUUCACAAAAUACGUGGAAUAUAUGGAGAGUAAAGGAGCCCAUAAAGCUGGUUUAGCAAAAGUAAUCCCUCCUCCUGAAUGGAUUCCUAGGAAAGGAAGUUAUAACUUAGAUGACUUGAAUUUAACUAUUCCUGCUCCAAUUUGUCAAGUGGUCACUGGCAAACAGGGUCUUUAUCAGCAAAUUAAUAUACAAAAGAAGUCGAUGACUGUUAAAGAGUAUAGCAAGUUAGCUAAUUCUGAGCGUUAUAGCACUCCACGUCAUUUUGAUUACGAAGAUUUGGAAAGGAAAUAUUGGAAGAAUAUAACGUACGUGGCGCCUAUAUACGGAGCAGAUGUUUCCGGGUCGUUAACCGAUCCAGACGUGAAGGAAUGGAACAUUAAUCACUUAGGAACAAUUCUUGAUUAUGUAAACAAAGACUAUGGUAUAUCUAUCGAUGGCGUUAACACGGCAUAUUUGUAUUUCGGAAUGUGGAAAACCACGUUCGCAUGGCAUACGGAGGAUAUGGAUCUGUAUUCGAUAAAUUAUUUACAUUUUGGUGCUCCAAAAACGUGGUAUGCUAUACCACCUGAACACGGGCGAAGAUUAGAAAGACUUGCCAGUGGUUUCUUCCCUUCGAGUUAUCAAAGUUGCCAAGCUUUUCUGCGUCACAAAAUGUCUCUUAUUUCUCCCCAAAUAUUAAGGCAAUAUUCUAUUCCAUGCAAUAAAAUAACGCAAGAAGCUGGAGAAAUAAUGAUCACCUUUCCUUAUGGUUAUCAUGCUGGCUUCAAUCACGGAUUCAAUUGUGCGGAAUCUACUAAUUUUGCUGCGCCACGAUGGGUAGAGUACGGUAAACGGGCUACGCAAUGUACAUGUAGUAAAGAUAUGGUAAAAAUAUCUAUGGACACCUUCGUGAAGCGUUUCCAGCCAGAAAGAUACGAAUUGUGGCUACGCGGAGAAGAUAUCGGACCUCAUCCCGAGGAUCCUAGGCAAACAGCUGCGCCCAUGCCUUCUCAGAUGGAUCUUCUAUGUAGCAACAGCAGUAACGGCCAAUUGCCGCAAAGCUACCUAAGCGCAGCGCCGAAAAACAAGCGGCACACGAUACAUAAAAAGAAAAAUAUUAUGGCUACAAAUCCGGACGUUGAUAUGGAGGAACUAGUGAACCGUCCCGAUAUUCCACCAGACGUAAAGAAAGUUUUACAAGAUCUUGAAUUAGAAGAAGCAGAAGAUCAACCGGACGAACAGCAAUUAGAAGUAUUAGAAGACAUUUGGUUGAAGGCAGGAGAAAUGGAUGUUAACGAGGCUUCGGUAUACGAUGACGGCUACAAUCGUAAAAAAAGUCGGAAGCGGAAGAAAAAGAAUAACGAUAAAUCGAAGUCUAAAAGAGAGUCUAACAAAAAUGCUGCAGAGCACGUGGCAGUGAAGACUGAAAUAAAAGUAGAAGUAGACGACAGCUUCACCUUUCUGUCUCCUGCAUUCCCAGAGCAAACGAGUCAGUUGGAAGAUAACAAUCAAGGUGGUUCCAAUAUCGCGAUACCUAGCGACGCCGUCAUCGAAAGUAUAAAAGUGGAAGAAAUUUCCGAUUUCUCAGAGACUACUGAGAAACCAGUUAAAAAGAAGAAGAAGCAUUCGAAGUCUGGAGAACCAAAGAAGGGUAAACCAAAGAAUGCAAAUAAAAAGAAGAAUAAACAUUUAAAUAUAUCUAUCUUCGACAGUAGCGAACCUUUGGACGUAUCUGACGCUAAUGUACAAAGGCAACUUAUGGCUAUGCCGAGUAUAACUCAUAAAUCUUUUACCAUAAAGGAUAUUUCGAGUAGUCAGGAGAAGGCGACUCAUUUGUCAGGGAAUAUAAUCUUCACCAGUAACGAACUCACCGUGACACCCAUCAAUGAUAACGAUAACGAAAGUGUCACGAAUAGUAAUCACCUCGCCAAUUCUACGUAUAGCGGUACAAAAGAAGUAGACAAAUACGUUGAAACUCCAACAGUUGAACGAACGAAGUUAUACCCAAAGAGCGGCAAGAAAACUAGCAUCGCUAGAAUUAAGUUCGCUAAACAAGCAGCGUUGAAAAACAUUUCUUUAGAUCAGGUGAAGCCCAUUAAGAUCGACAAAGCCGUGGAGUCCGAGUAUAUCGGCAAGGACACGAUGAUCACGAUACAAGAUGCAAAGCUGUCAAAUUACACCAGCUGCAAAAGUGUGGGAACAAUGCUGACGGAAAGAUCUAUACCCAACUAUUCGAAAAAGGAUAUUAUUAAAGCUCCUCGAUUGAGCGUUCUAAAGUCAGCGUACAAUAUAUCUGCAACCGAAGUCUCCCCUAAGAUCGAAUCGGAUAAGUCAGCGGGUGACGAGAAAGAUGCUUCGUCGAGUACCAUAGUAGUUUUACCAAAGACAUGGCCUAUCGCCAAACCUCAGGAGUCCAAACUCAAUCCGAGUAUCAUGUUCCUGAACCCGAAUUUGAACUUCUCCAAGCCACCCAUUCUCCAGAAAGAGGUCCCGACACAGGAGUUAGGAAACGACUUGACGUCUUUGGAAUCAUCGAAAUCAGCAACACCGUGCGCCAUUCAGAUACCUCGCUUGGAAGGCUUCUUCGCGAAGAGUGGAGUAUUGGGUCAGUCGUUGACGUCGUCUGUGACUUGCCACAACAUCAGAACUGGUACAGACGUCAGAACCCUUGGGAAGAGAUCCACUACCGACACGUCAAAAAUGAUGGCAGACGAAUUCUGGAAAUUUGGAACCGCCAACAACAGUUCGUUCUUUCCGAAGAACAAUACCAUGGACGACAUGCAGUCUAUAAAUCUGGAAUCUUCUCAGAUGUCAUCCUCUUCGUCCUCAUCGUUGGGUCUAUCGGAAAAUAGCACGUUCUUCCUGGCCGCGAAUUCAAGUACUACGAAUGUCUCCCUAAAUCCUCAGUCUUCGAUGAUGAUAGACUUCAACAAGAAAUGUUUGCAGAAACCUGCUUCGACCGCGAAUCCGAAAGGUUCUUCGUACGUGACGAUCAUACCGAAACCGCAAGAUCAGUUGCUUUUGAAGAGACAGUUGAGUCAGAAGGAGAAAACAUGUAGCAGAAAAUACAAAAGUAUAGGCACGAUCGUGAAUAACUUGAAAUCCGCGUCGUGUCACAUGGAUAAUUCGUUAGCGCUUAGCCCAGCCGUUAAGAGUACGAAUAUAGCUGGUUUCGACAUGGAUACGCAGUAUAGUGUAAAUCACUUUACGCCCGAGUUUGAGGCUUCGCAGACCUCUGUUACCAUCACGCCCUUGCCAGCAGAGCCACACACAAACGCGGUCGACUCUAUGGAUGAAACUGAAGGUCAAUGUACACAGAAAAGUUCAAAGAAUAUAUACGCUCACAUGCCCCCACUGAAGCCCAUAAAAUUGUCGACGUCAAGGCGAAAGUCGAAAGAGAAAUUGAAGAAGUCUACCACCAGGAAAAAAGACAAUUCAGAGACCAAGAUUACGAUCACAAGGGUGAACUCAGACGACUCGAAUGUAGUCGCAUCCAGCACUAUGGACAGACCACCGUCUGUUUCCCAUCGCGUGUCGAUGAUACCUGGUCACAUAUCCGACAUGCUCUAUCCCAUCGUUCCGAAUAACGACUUACUGAAGGCGUUCAACGACUAUUGGAGCGCUCAAAUCUCCCAUUGCGCGAUAUGCGCUCCAUUCACCUCAAGUUGUAACGGACACGGCAGGCUAAUGCCGCCAGACUGGAAAUAUUGCAAGCCCACGGUGUUACCAGAGAGUUCACCGAUAUGGGUAUCUGCAAGCGUUUUCGUAGCGAACUCGAAGGAACAAGUCGUCGAACCGGAAAAUGAUAAGCUGUUGCGUUGUAGAGAAUGUCACGUGACUGUUCACGCCUCCUGUUACGGAAUCACCGUAUUGCCUACGGAUUUACGAAAUUGGGCGUGUGAUAAAUGUAGAGCUGGUAAAACACAGGUGAUGUGCUGUCUGUGCCCCAUGCGAGGCGGUGCUCUGAAACGUACCAGCGAUAGUAAUUGGGCGCACAUACUAUGCGCCCUUCUAUUACCAGGAGUCACAUUUAAAGAUGCUAUCAAUAAGGAUCCAAUUAACGUGUUAACUAUCAGGCCGGAGAUUGUUAAUCAGAUGUGCUGUUACUGCGGGCAAAAGGACGGAGCAUGUCUGAAUUGUAAUCAGUGCAGUAAUCUGUUUCAUCCAUCGUGUGGUCUCAUUUCCGGCGCAACGUUCACCAUACCAGUAUACAAUUCACCGGAGCUUCAGGUAACGUGCGACGGGCAUGACGAUGGGAAAGAAAAGAUUCCAACGAUUCGACAGGGAGAGAUCGUUUGGGCGAAGCAUCGCAACACGCGAUAUUACAAGGCCAAAGUAGACUCCAUACACGACACCCUGUUUUAUAUGGUCACGUUCAGUGACGAUAGUUUCAGCGAGGAUCUGUAUCCAUCAGACAUAACGAAUUACGAUCCUGGAAAUCCACCGCUUCAAGGGGCGGCAGUAGUCGUAAAAUGGACAGAUGGAAAUUGCUACGAUGGUAUCUUUGAGGGUACAAAUCAUAGAAUCAUGUACACUGUAAUUUUCGAAGAUGGAUCGCAACUCGUGCUGAAGCGAAACGAGAUUUAUAGCUUACAAGAAGAUAUGCCAAAAAGAGUGCGUUCACGUCUGUCUGUUGCGACCGAAAUGAAGCACCGGUAUCAUCUGUAUGGCACGGAGGAUGAAUCCGAGGCGCAAAGAAAGGUGAAACAGUCUAAAUAUUGUGAUUAAAAAAAAAAAAAUUUAUAUACGGUUCGAUGUAAAUAAUUAAUAGAGACAAGUAAUAAUUCAGUCGCUGUAAAUAAUAUAUAACGGAAAACAAAGUACCUACUUGAUUUGGACUUAUCUGAAAGUACUCGUUUCAGAAUAAGAUCCAACGGACAGAUUCUACUUUUCUCUUCGUCUUUGUCCAACCCCCCCCCCCUGGCCCACCUUUUUCGCGUUUCCUUUUAUCAUUC